CCCUCUCUCUCUCCUUCUCUGUCUCUCUCUCCCUCUGAUCCCGGAGAGAGCCUGGCGAGGAGGCGGUCGCCCCGCAGGAGCCCUAUGUAAAUCCUGGUGUUGGGGGGGGGGGGGGGGGGAAAGAGAAGAAGGGGAAAUAAACCUCUUUGGCUGGAGUAGGGUCCGGGUGAGCAGAUUUCCUUAUCCGGGAAUCGCAGGCGGGGCGGCCAUUGGCUCCGGGGAUCACGUGGGCCCCUAACUUUGUUCACUUGACAGUAAGUAGGAGGGCUUUCGGAAACAGGAAAACGAGUCAGGGGUCGGAAUAAAUUUUAGUAUAUUUUGUGGGCAAUUCCCAGAAAUUAAUGGCUAUGAGUUCUUUUUUGAUCAACUCAAACUAUGUCGACCCCAAGUUCCCUCCGUGCGAGGAAUAUUCACAGAGCGAUUACCUACCCAGCGAGCACUCGCCGGGGUACUACGCCGGCGGCCAGAGGCGAGAGAGCGGCUUCCAGCCGGAGGCGGGCUUCGGGCGGCGCGCGGCGUGCACCGUGCAGCGCUACGCGGCCUGCCGGGACCCCGGGCCCCCGCCGCCGCCGCCGCCGCCCCCGCCGCCGCCCGGGCUGUCCCCUCGGGCUCCUGCGCCGCCGCCUUCCGGGGCCCUCCUCCCGGAGCCCGGCCAGCGCUGCGAGGCGGUCAGCAGCAGCCCCCCGCCGCCUCCCUGCGCCCAGAACCCCCUGCACCCCAGCCCGUCCCACUCCGCGUGCAAAGAGCCCGUCGUCUACCCCUGGAUGCGCAAAGUUCACGUGAGCACGGUAAACCCCAAUUACGCCGGCGGGGAGCCCAAGCGCUCUCGGACAGCCUACACUCGCCAGCAGGUCUUGGAACUGGAGAAGGAAUUUCACUACAACCGCUACCUGACGCGGCGCCGGAGGGUGGAGAUCGCCCACGCGCUCUGUCUCUCCGAGCGCCAGAUCAAGAUCUGGUUCCAGAACCGGCGCAUGAAGUGGAAAAAAGACCACAAGUUGCCCAACACCAAGAUCCGCUCGGGUGGCACCGCAGGCGCAGCUGGAGGGCCCCCUGGCCGGCCCAACGGAGGCCCCCCCGCGCUCUAGUGCCCCCCGCGCGCGGGAGCCGCGAACCUCGGGGCGGGGGUGGGUUGUGAGCGCUGGGGGGGGGGGGAGCGGCAGGGGGAGAUGCGGGAGGGGACCCUGGGGCCUGGGUCCGCAAAAGCCUACCUGCCCUCCCCCUACUUUAUCUAUUACACGAAUAAACGCAGAGGAGGGGGAGGGGAAGCUUUAUUUAUAGAAAUGACAAUAGGGAGCCAGGCAAGGCCCCCCAGAAGCAAGGUUCAAGUCUCUUGCUUUCUUCCUUAAAAAAAAAAAAAAAAAAAAAAGAAGAAAAAGAAGAAGAAGGAAGAAAGAAAAA